GCUGCUCAGAUGAAGUGGUUUGUACUAGCUGCCUUUACUGUGUGCAUCUUUGUGCCCACUGAUUCCUGUGAACCGGGACCACGUGGCUGGUGUUAUCACCAGAAUAUAUGCACUGUAGAUGAGCCCAACUGGCCAAAAAAUUACACCCAUUGCAGCGGAACUCGACAGUCACCCAUUAACAUCGUCUCAGAAUCUGCCAAACCGAACGACAACCUGACUGAAAUUCAUUUUGAAAAUUAUAAUGACACUUCCAAGAUAGAUUUCAUAGAAAAUAAUGACAACACAGUCAGAGUUAACCUUAGGAAAGGAGUUAAUAUUAGACUAGGGAACCUGUCCGAUGUAUACGAAACCCUACAAUUCCACUUCCACUGGGGCAACGGCUCCUCUGUCCCCGGCUCAGAGCACACAGUGGAUGGAAAGCGCUAUCCUAUGGAGCUGCAUAUUGUGAACACCAAGGAAAUGUACAAUCGGUGUAUAGCUGAUGCCAGUAAAGAUCCCACCGGAAUUGCAGCACUUGGUUUCUUCAUUGAGGUAAUGUCAGACAACUCAACUGGUCAGCCGGAAAGCUGGCGCAAUUUGACCUCUUACUUGGCCAAAAUCACAGAAAGAGACAACAACGUUUCGUUUAGUUCGACUGCAGCCGGGUUUUCCCUGAAAGACCUGCUUGGCAAUGUGUCUCUCUCUAAGUAUUACCGCUACCUUGGAUCUUUGACGACCCCCAAUUGUAGUGAGGCGGUGGUCUGGACCGUUUUUAAGGAACCGAUUAAAGUCAGCAAAGAUCUGAUUGACCUCUUCAGCACCACAGUGCGUGUCGAAAACAACACAUCACAACUCAUGACAAACGUCUACAGACGCAUACAAAAUCAAACAGAUAGAAUAGUCUGGACUCAGAGGAGCAACGGUUCUGCCUCGACAACCUGCUUCUCCCUGGGUCUGCUGCUCCUCAGUCUUGCACUGGGCUCGAGUUGGAGCUAAAAACAGAAAGAAGACGUCAUCAGCAACUUUUCUGAUCAACCCGUUGCCUCACUUCAGCACAUGCAUUCUUUCCCCAUUUAAUUAAAACUGAGCUGACAUAUAUACCUGUAUACACUAGACAAGGAAUCAUAGUUACUUUCAUAAAUUGUGUGUAAUCAUAUAUACUCAUAUAUACUAUGCAUACUCAUAAUGAAGUGUUUAUAUAGUGGAGUCACUGUGUUAAACAUUUAACCCGUAUGUUCAAAUCACAUGAUCCAUAUAUUUAGUUCAUAUAUAUCUCCCAGUAUAUUAAUGAAAAAUUUGUGCCACUUGUUGUAUGAACACAUGUUGAUUAAUACUGCUUAAAAAUGUAACAAUGGGGGUCAGUAGGAAACCUUUGAUAUCUUUAUGGCCUACUGUGACUAGUCCAACAAAGGGUUAAUUCAACUUGGCACUGCUAAAGUAUGUGCAUAAGACCCUUCUUGGCAUGCAGCUGCAUUUAACUGUACAACAGAAGCACGCAGUGGUUUGAGACGGCUGUGCAGCAGAAGCAUGCAGCUGUGUUUAACUGGACUGCUUCACGGCAUGUGCAGCCCUUCAACUGCUGUACAACAGAAGCAAGCAGUUGUUUGGAUGGAUGCAAAGCAAGGGCCUGCUGCCUUUUCUGGGGCUAUAAGCUAAAAAAGAUGAGCCCCUUCAAAUAGCUAUAAGAUAAAAGCAUAAGCCCCUCAAACGGCUAUAAGGAAAUAAACAUAAGGUUCCCUAAGCUGCCGAGAUUAAGAGGUUCCUUUGAUGUGAACGGCUGUAAGGUAAAAGCAGACGGCUCUGUGAAUGACUAAAGCCAGAACUGUACAGCCUUUUAAUAUUUCUAUAAGCAAAACAAACCUGGCCUCUGCAGGGCAGGCACCUGAAGUUCUGGCCCUCGCCUCAAACGCCAGAAGGCAAUGAAGUAAACCCUUACACAACAUGGAUAGCAGCUUAUGUCUAGCAUGGGCGCCCAGCAAAAGUGUUAGAUGGAU